AUGGCCGGGGAUCUUGCAGUGAUAGCGGAGGCCGUGCCGACGCGCAUCGUCGAGACAGAGGACCCGUACUGGAAGACUGUGCUGAUCGCAGUGCCCCUGGCCAUGUGCGGCCUGGCUACGCUCUCGUACAUUCUGCGCCUUGUCUGCCGUCGGCUCGUCACGGGCGCGGCUCUCAGGUUGGAGGAUGUGCUGAUGGGUAUCGGCCUGCUGCUAAGCUAUGGUGUCACUGCGUUUACAGUCUACACCGCCUUCAAUGGCGUGGGUGUUCCAACCAGCGAGCUCCCGGCUGAUGAGCGACGGCGGAUCAACUUUGGAAGCUGGAUGAUCCAAAAGUUCUGGGCGCCGUCCAUGGCCUUUGUCAAGGCUAGUAUCAUCGUCUUCUUGAACUCGACUUUGGGCACCGAAAAGAAGUUCCGAAUCGCAGCCUAUUCCCUGAUCACCUUUGUUACGCUCUGGGCGACAGCCGCGCUGCUGACAAACAUCUUCCAAUGCUGGCCGAUCCAGUUCUACUACGACAAGACAAUCCCCCAUGGCCACUGCAUGAAGGGCCAGACCUCAUUCUUCCAGGCCAUGGGGUCUUUCUCCCUCAUCGCCGAUAUCGCGAUUCUGGUGUUGCCCAUGCCGGUGAUUUGGAACCUCAGUAUGAACCUCAGACAGAAGCUGGCCGUCAUUGGUGUGCUGUCGAUGGGCAUCAUUGUCUGCAUAUUUAGUCUUCUCCGCUUGGUGGAGUUCAACUACUUCAUCACAAAUGAUCUGUCAUCAUCGAGCGCCAAGGAAUCAAUCUGGACGACCAUGGAAGUGAAUGUCGCUAUCAUCUGUGGGUGCCUCCCUCUAAUGAGACCCAUGUUUGAAGGGUGCCUGGGCAGGAUGUCGUCGACAGGCUACAGUCGCUCGAAAACAUCGCAAUCCAACCCGGCGUCAGCAUCGCAGCUCUACUACCGCUCUACAGCAUCGCACAACGACAAGACGUUCCAGAGGCUGCACGAUGUCAAGUCAAAGGCGUGGUCGCCAAGCGACAAGAACUCCGAGAGGCAGUUGCGCAGUGGCACUACAAGGUCCCGGUCCGACGUUGAGCGCAGCUCGUCCGAGAUCGAGCUUCAAGGCAUCGGUGUACAGACGGAUAUCUACCAGACGACCGAGGAGAGUCAGAAGGAGCAGCGUGGCGAGCAUGUCGUGUAG